AUGGCUUUUUCAGCAUAUGAGGAAAUGUAUAUUCUCCCUGGGAUCAUAAUCACUGGAGCACUAGUAAUUGCUUUUACAUUUUUCAUUCUCACUAUGUUAGGAUGGUGCAGGGUUACCAAUCAUGAAUCACGUCUUCCUACAACAGUCAUAUCUUCUAAUGACAAAUUUUCGGCUUGCAUGAGUUUAGAGUCGCAUUCAAUCACAUUUCUGUACAAUGAAGCUGAUGCUGCAAAAGGCAUAAACCAGACUGAAUGUGUUAUCUGUUUAACAAUCUUCCAAGAAGACGAAAGCGUUCGGAAGCUUCACACUUGCAAGCACAUGUUUCAUACAUCUUGCAUUGAUAAGUGGCUUGCCUCUCAUUUGGGAUGUCCGUUGUGUCGCUCUCAGAUUGAUCAAGUAACUUCGCCAAAUGGAUCAUUGACAAAUAAUGAUCAUCGGACUAUGGAAAUUGUUGACUCUAGGAUUGAGAAUAUUCUGGUUCAUAGCAACCUACUAGUGACAAUGACAUAG